AUGAACCUCAACCGUUCUAAUAUUGUUUGUCAUCUUGGAGUUGCUGCUCGAAAAAUUCGCCAGGAACUUACCACAAUUUUGAAAGGAAAACUGUUAUGCUUGAAAAUUGACUGCGCAACUCGUCUUGGACGCCACAUACUGGGGAUCAACAUCCAAUAUUAUUGUGAACUACAAAAGGAUGUCGUCAUUUAUACAAUUGAACAAAUUUUCACGGUCACCUGUGAUAAUGGUGCGAACAUGAUCGCUGCCGUUAAGAAUCUUCAAUCAGAUGCCCAGGUCAUGUUCAACCCACUUGAGGACGAAGAAAACUGUUCACUUCCGAAACAUUAUUUAGAUUUGACAGAAGCCAUUGAAAAAGAAUUUUACCAGUAUAUCACUCUUGUAAGAUGUGCCGUUCAUACCAUGCAGCUUUCGGUAGUAGAUGUGGUCAAGACAUUCGAUGGAGAGAUUCGUAAAUGUACUGCACCGCGCGGUGAAGAAAUACAAACGAGCGUGAACAAGAUUCUACGGCAGCUGAUAUCAUUGGACGCAGAAGCCCAUCAAAACUCGCAUUUUGAUGUUUGGAAUUUUUGGUUAAUGCGAAAAUCCACUCAUCCUGAACUAUAUGAAGUAGCGACAUUACUUUUGUCAGUACCAUCAAACCAGGUAUCUGUGGAGCGUGCUUUUAGCGCACUUGGUUUGGUUUUAUCUGAUAAACGGACCAGAAUGAACGAUGAUACGUUGGAAAACAUUUUACUGAUCAAGCUGAACCAGCCCUUGCUUGAAAAAAUUCUACCUGAUUUAUAUGAAUGGAAUAAGGAAGAUAUUUAA